AACAUAAAAACUCACAACCAAUCGCAAUGGUCACUGCUUAUGAUUACCCUUCUGCUGUUCACCUCGAUAUGGUCGCCAUUGAUAUCUGUCUUGUUGGUGAUUCUGCUUCCAUGGUUGUUCAUGGUCAUGAUACUACUUUGCCUAUCACUUUAGAUGAAAUGCUUGUUCAUUGUCGUGCGGUUGCUCGUGGUGCUAAAACUCCUCUUCUUGUUGGUGAUUUGCCUUUUGGAACCUAUGAAUGUAGUUCUAAUCAGGCAGUGGACACGGCAGUUCGAAUUUUGAAAGAAGGACAAAUGGAUGCCAUAAAGUUGGAAGGAGGUUCACCUUCAAGAAUUGUUGCAAAAGCUAUUGUUGAAGCUGGAAUAGCUGUGAUUGGGCAUGUUGGUCUUACUCCACAAGCCAUUAGUGUUUUAGGAGGAUUUAGGCCUCAGGGUAGGAAUGUUGCAAGUGCUCUCAAGGUUGUCGAGACAGCAUUGGCUUUGCAAGAAGCAGGGUGUUUUGAUGUUGGUCUUGAAUGUGUGCUUGCACCGGUGGCUGCAGCAGCAACAACGACGCUUCAAAUUCCUACAAUUGGAAUUGGGGCUGGUCCCUAUUGCAGUGGACAGGUCAGUUGGCCUAAUAUUCAUGUAUGUUUGGAUUAGCAGCAAAUUAGUCAU